GUGAGGGGGGGGGGACAUGCAUGACAUACACCUGACUAACAAAGCAGGGUGAUAGCUGGUGGCCAGAGUGGCAGGAGCAGGUCACAGCAGGCCUUCUGCCAUGUUAAGGAAUCAGAGUUUUCUUCUGAAACUGACAUGCAGAAAUGGAAGGACUGUAAGUGGUAGUGACAAGAUAUAGCCUCCCCUGCAGACAGUGCUCAUAUGACACUUCUGGGAGGAAACUUAGCUCAGGUCGUAGUGGAAAGCAGCCACUGACCUCUAGAGGAGUCCAGCGGGAUUUGAAGCUCUUGGAGGGAGGGAAUUAGGUUGGAGAAAAUUGGGAGUCACCUGGGGCAACUUCACCAACCCUACAAAUACCAUUAUGUGCUGCCUGUGAUCCCCAAGUUCAACUAAUUCUUCUGCUCCAGGAAACACUGAUUUUGGAAAGAGCAGAGGUCAGGAGGUUGAGGGGAAGGAAGCGGGUGUCCGAAUACGUGUUGUCUCUGGGUGCCUUCUGCCUACAACUGCAUUUGCUCAGAACUUCUAGGUAGGCAUUUCUAGUUGGCAUAGAAAAUAGAGAUGGGGAGAAAGUCUUGUUUUUAGGUAAACACACCCUCUACCCACCCACUCAGGCUGCUGGGUCAGCAAGGCCGUGGACAUGAUCACGUGAGGCUUUUAACAGCCAUGACAUCAGCCGGCUCGCUACUGCCACAGCUUCCAGGUCUCAGAAACCGAGGCAGGGGGACCGCUCCUAACCGAUACCUUCUCCUCUCUGCUUCUCUGAGUAGCUGCUUCCAUUUCUAGUGGAUGCUGCCUCCAUGACCUGAAGUGGGACAGGCCACAGAUCUCAGGUCCGCCCUAAGGUUCACUAUCCUGAAGUAGACUGGGUUAAGCUGAGGCCACUCUGGCCCAGGCUGGGCUCAUGGUUCCAGUCCAAUACCCUAACUCUUGCUCCAUAGUGCCUGUCUAGGUUCCCUUCUAAAUCAAACCUUCUCAGAGUGUGUGUGCACACGCGCAUGUGAGCGUGCACGCCCAUGGGUGCAACCGCCAUGGAGGCCAGAAGAGGAUGCUGGAUCCCCUGACCUACAUGGAUGCUAGGAACCAAACUCUAUUCCUCUGGAAGAGCAGCCACUCUUAGCCCCUCUUAACCUAGCCCUCUCCCCAGACCCCACGGCAGUUCUUUUCUGUUCACUCAGUGUGCUUCCAGCUUCCCAAGUAUCACUUUCGAUUCUGCAACUGGGUGACAAAGCCUUUCUCCCCCUAGAAACCAGAUGGCAGCAAUACUUAAAACACAGGUGAUUUACCCAAAUACCUCCUGUGCCUCUGUCAAGCCUCACGGCCCCAAUCCCAGCUCCUUUCCUAGGGCUGAAAUGGAGUCAACUCAGAUGGACUGUGUGGAUUGUGGCCAUCAACUUUGUGUCGUUCUAGCUCUGUUCACCGAGCAGAACGGGAUGGAGACGUGUGUUAUAUGUGCCUUGGUGGGCCUGUGGAGGUCAGAGGCCAACUUCCAAGGGUUGGUCCUGUUUGUCUUUGCUCACUACAAACAUCCCAGUUAAAGGCUUCAAGGCAUUCAAGGAGACGCUGAAACACAGGCACACGUGAGAGAUCUGGCUGAGACUGGGGCCUGAGUGAAGACCAGCGAAUGUAGGUGCUGCAAAGACGGGCAGGCAGGGGCUGUUCAUGGAGGCUCUUGAAGGCCACAUGAGGAAGCUGCUUGGAACUCUGUGGGCAACAGAGAGGCAUCCAAAGCUUAUGGAGUGGGGAGCCAUGGACCCUGACCUGUCUUUAAGAAAGGUUGGUAGCGGGUACUGGAGAGAUGGCUCAGCGGUUAAGAGCACUGACUACUUUUCCAGAUGUGAAGAGGAGGGAGGCCUUGAGCUACAGUAGAAGUAGAGGUAAAGUCCCCCACUAAGUAGGGGACAGACAGCCAUAAGGGGGCCUUAGGAGGACACUGCAGUGUGGGGAUGUGAUGACUGCAGCCCCUUUCUUGGAGUCUCCUUUGAUUUGUAGUUUGGGAGAAAUAUAUCAAAGAUCUCCAGUUUUUUCAGGGCCAAAGAGAAGAUGUGAAGUCUGGGACUCUGAGGUUCUCGGCCUAAGUUCUCCUUGCCUUUUCCCACUUCUCUUUUGAUUUUUCUGGGUUUACCCCAGGUUGUGAAAUUCACAAACAACACAUUUUUUGUCCCCUCCCUCUUCCUGCUGGAGCUGCUGUUUUCCUCGUGACCCACAAAACCCACUGUUGAGUCUGCCUGCUGCUAGAGCCUGUGCGGACAGCCCCUCAGAAGUCUGAGGCAGUAGGAUUACUGGAGUUUAGGAGUUUAUAAGCCAGUCAGAGUGACAGAUCCUAUAUCCAGGUCCUCUGAAAAAAACAAACAAUAAACAAACAAACCAAUCAACAAAUAAAAAGACUGUUUCUCCUUCUGCUGAGAGAGACUGACUGGUUUAUAUUGUAAGAGAGAACCUCACUAUGUAGCCCGGGCUGGGUGUUUACUGUUUUGCUUCUUUUGGGAGGGAGAAGGGGCCUGGAAGUCACUUUGUAGACCAGGCUUGACUUGAACUCAGAGAUCCACUUGCUUCCGUCUGUCUCCCAAGUACUGGGAUUACAGAUGUGUGCCACCACUUUGAAGUUUCCCAGGCUGGUUUUUAACUCAGGAUCUCCUCAGCUCGACCUCCCCAGGACUGGAAUUAAAGUGUAUGCCAUGACCUCUGACUCCUCUAUGUGGCCUUUUGCCUGGGACCCCUGUGUACAGUCACUGGCCAGAGGAUCUAGUCUUCAGGGUUCAAACAUUGGCCAACCACCGGAGUGCUCGGAUUGUCAGAGAAUUGCAGAAAAUGACUAGGGGUACCCAUCAGAGACCCAUACUCUUUUCUAGGGGAGCUCCCUUUGAGUGCACCCAGAAAACUCCCUAUUAAUGGAACCACUGGAGACCUGGAGGGUGGAGUGUGCUUUGUGAGCCUGACUGAGGUUUUUUAUUUUUUUAAAUUGGAUUUUUUAAUUUACAUUUUGAAUAAUAUCCGCCCUCAAUGCCCCGCCUGAGGUUUUAAGUUUAUUUUCGACUUCUCUGUGUAGCUCUGCCUGUCCUGGAACUCACUCUAUAGAUCAGACUGGCCUUGAACUCAGAGAUCCACUUGCCCCAGCCUCCUGAGUCCUGGGAUUAAAAGCUCAUGCCACCAUGCCUGGUCAUGGUGAUUUAAAAUUUUAUUUUUAAUAUUUUUAAUUAUAUAUAGGUGUGUGUAUUUGCAUGUGGGCAUGUGCACAAGAGUUCGGGUGUCAGCAGAAGCCAGAGGUGACAAAUUCCCUGGACCCGGAGUUAGUUGUCUGAUGUGACUGCUCCGAACAGAGUUGGGAUCUCUGGAAGAGCAGUAAGUGCUCUAACCACUGACCCAUCGCCUCAGCCAUCAUUAUGAUAUUAGGCAUGUCUAACCAGCGGCCUACAGGCUGCAUGCAACUGCAUGUAGCUAAGGAUAGCUGUGAAUGCCAUCUAACAAAAAAUGGGGGAAAUUACAACAUUAUGUAAUUAGGGGCCAGAGAGAGGGCUCAACAGCUAAAAACAUUUGCUGCUUUUCCAGAGGACCUGAGUUGGGUUUCCAAUAUACAAGCUGGGAUCUGAGGCUAUUGUUUGGUUUCCAACGGUACACAUGUAUUCAAACAUGUAGCAUGUGGCACACGCUCUCUCUCUCUCUCUCUUUCUCUCUCUCUCUCUCUCUCUUUCUCUCUCUCUCUCUCUCUCUCUCUCUCUCUCUCUCUCUCUCUCACACACACACACACACACACACACACACACACACUUCUUAAGGAGCUGGGCUUGGUGGUACACGCCUUUAAUCCCAGCAAUAAGAGAGGCAGAAGUAGGCGGAUCACUGAUGUUGGAGUCCAGUCAGGUCUACAGAGAGGUCUAGGACUGCCAGGGCUACAUAGAGAAACCAUGUCUCGAAAAACAAACAAAAAAUUUAAAAAAAUGUUUAAAAAUUUAUGAAAUUGGUUCGGUAAAACAUUUUGAGGUUUUUGUUGUUGUUUGUUUGUUUGUUUUGUAACUCGGUUGCAGGGUUCUUUAGUCUGAACUUUAUAGAUGAGAACACUGUGUCGCAACAUGAAAAAGUUGGACAGCCCUUGGGGGGUUUUGCCCCAGCGGUGGCUGUUGGGGAGGAAGAGCAGACAUUCCCUUCGCACAUUUCGGACUCUAUUUGCAUCACUAGAGUAGAGCAUUUAGUCCCAACUUCAGUUUUUUUUUUUUUUAAAGAUUUAUUUAUUUAUUAUAUAUAAGUACACUGUAGCUGUCUUCAGACACACCAGAAGAGGGCAUCAGAUCUCUUUACAGAUGGUUGUGAGCCACCAUGUGGUUGCUGGGAAUUGAACUCAUGACCUCUGGAAGAGCAGUCGGGUGCUCUUAACCGCUGAGCCAUCUCUCCAGCCCCCAACUUCAGUUUUAUCAGGGUAAAGAGGACUCUGGGAUUUUCCUUGCACUUUCAAUGCCCUGGACCUUCAUGUGACAUCACUUAGACCCUCCGCACGGGCGGGGAGCUAGCGUCCGGCGGGAAUCCCAGGUCUCGAGGCGUCACUUGGGGAUUCCCACAUCUGAUAGGAGCAGCGGGUCCGGCCCUCCCCCAGGCGGUGCUUUGAAGAUUUGGGGCCAGACUCCAGCCCGGGAGGCUGCUGAGCCCCGCAGGUCCCCAGCUCCGGGAGUGCCAUGGGACAGCUGAUAGCCAAACUGAUGCGAAUUUUUGGGAGCCAGGGUAAGAGGAGCACCGGCCAGCCCAGUGACCUCUUUGAAUCCGCUGUCUUCUGGGGCUCUUGGGAUUUUGGAGUCGUCGGGGAAGACCGACUGGGAACCUUGGGCUGCUAGCGUUGGUUUUGUGCACUCUCAUAGGCUCCGCCGCCUCCUGCCGGCUCUCCUCCCGCGCCCCCUUGACUGCGCCUCAGUGUGCUCGGCGCACAGGGGUGGGAGAACCUUCUGUCCCCAACACCACCUCCCAGCUGAGCUAUGCGCGACCCGGAUGGGCCCCAAAGUCAGUUUCCUGAUACUGUGACUUAGAGCCCAGCAUGCUUCAGACCCUUCAGACAAUCGCCGUCUAGAAAAGUAGAGGGAGGUGGGAUAGGGGUCCUGAGGGGGUGUAGGAGUCCGGUCCGAUGGCAAGUAAAGUGGUCCAGUCUCCGGCAGAGGUCUCCAGCCCGCCAGGAACGCGUUUCCCUGCUUAUCCUAGGAAAGGGAGGAUUGGAGGGAGGCACGCAGAAGGCUGAGAUACGGAGCUUCAGUUCCUUCCUUGUGGUUGGGUUCGGAGAUUGCCGAGAGAUGGGUAGAACCGGGAGAGAAGGCGUCGAUCCAGGCAGGAGCGGAGGGUGAGGAAGAGGCCAGGAUGAGACGCCUACUGGGGACACCCAAGCCGGUGCUCAUCCGGGUUGGUUCUGACCUUACCGUUCCCCUGGAUGCCUCCAGAGCACAAAGUCAUCAUCGUGGGACUGGACAAUGCAGGAAAGACCACCAUUCUCUACCAGUUCUCCUAAAAUUCCAGUGUGGUCCACAGAACUCAUUAGCACUGCAAACCACCAGGCCUCAGAAUCAUAAGCUGCAUCUAGACAAGACUCCCAGUCUGACCAACGAGGUUGUUCAUACCUGUUCCACCAUUGGUAGCAACGUGGAAGAAAUUGUUUUUCAGAGGACCCACUUCCUCAUGUGGGACCUAGGAGGUCAGGAGGCACUGCGCUCCACCUGGGAGACAUACUACUCGAAUGCUGAGAUAGUACUGACCGGAAUCGGCUGUCGACCUCCCGGGAGGAGCUGUAUAAGAUCCUGGCCCAUGAGGCACUUCAGGAUGCCUCAGUGCUGAUCUUCGCCAACAAGCAGGAUGUGAAAGACUCCAUGACCACAGCAGAG